UUUGACACUCGGUUUUUCGGCAACAGUUUUCGAAUUUUACAUAACAUUUCAAAAUGUCACUCGAUUCAACGCUAGAUUCCAGUGAGGAGGCACGAUUUCUGACCAAGGUUAACCGUCUGGUACGGCGCCUAGUGAAGCGAACCCACUUCACGAGCCGAGAGUUGGAAUCUUGUUUGCUGAUCUAUUACAAACUAGUUCGUGACGACGAAACCAACCCGGGACUGCUCGUCGGCAGACACCAGCUGGAUAUGGUGUUUGAUAUGGCCUUCGGAAUCUCCAAUAGUCUCACCGUGGCACGGAUUUACAACGCACUGAACAAAGGUGUCACGGCGUACGUGACAAUGGAAACCUGGGCACUUAUGUUAUCGCUAUUCCUGAGGGGAACAUUCGAUGAGAAAAUCGAUCACUGUUUCCGAGUUUAUGACAUCGGAGGCGAAGGCUUGAUUCGGAGAGAACACAUGCUGGUACUGCUGAAAGGUUGUUUCAUUAAGCCCCAGGAGGAAGACGCGGAUGAAGCGAUCAAGGAUUUAGCUGAGAUCAUCCUACGUAAGAUGGACAUGGACAAGGACGGGGCCAUCUCUCGGCAGGACUUUCGAGAAGCGGUGUACAAGGAGCCGGAACUGAUGGAAUGUUUUGGCCAAGCACUGCCAGAUCGUGCCCAUGUGUACGCAUUUUCACGCACAUUCCUGGAACGGGUGCCGAAAUUUUAA